AUGAAAAGAGCCAAGUCAGUUCCCGCUAUGGCCUCCCCGACUUUAAAGUUGGCGGCCAAGGGGCUCAUCGCAAGACUUUCCUCCAUCAACGACCCCAAGUAUGCCUUUAGCACGGCCAGCGUCGAAAUAUACGACACGGCCUGGGUGGCCAUGGUCACCAAGAGGUCCGGCGAGCAAAAGCGGUGGCUGUUCCCGGAAUCAUUCUACCAUCUGCUCAAAUCACAGGCCGACGACGGGAGCUGGGGCUACCACCCGCAGACAAAGGCUUCGGGAGUUUUGGGUACCGGUGCAGCCGUGCUGGCCCUUUACAAACACCUUAAGGAGCCCUUGCAGUUACAUGAUGUGUCCAGCGAGGAGAUUCGGAAGCGUAUCAUUUUGGGGUCUGAAUCCCUGCGCACCCAAUUGCAAAAUUGGGACGAUGUCCUGAGCACCAACCAUAUCGGUAUAGAAAUCGUGGCCCCGGCCCUUCUCGACUAUCUUAAGCAGGAAGACCCGGCCCUGGACUUUGAGUUCCCGGCCCAGGCGGGCCUUAGGGAAAUGAAUGCGCAAAAGAUGUCCCGCUUUAAGCCGGAACACCUGUACGAGGCCAAGGUCUCGACGGCUGCCCACUCCCUCGAGGCCUUUGUCGGCAAGAUCGACUUUGACCGGGUGCGCGGCCACCUCUGGCGCGGCUCCAUGAUGGCCUCGCCCUCCUCCACGGCCGCCUACCUGAUGUACGCAUCCGUCUGGGACGACGAGGCAGAGGGCUUCCUGCAACACGUUCUCAAAGCCGGUGCCGGGCACGGCGACGGCAGCAUGCCAGGAACCUUUCCGACAUCGUACUUUGAGUACAGCUGGACCGUGGUCACGCUGUUGCAAGGCGGCUUCUCCAUAACUGAUCUCGGCGUGAAGGAGCUGAACAUCAUAGCCGACCAUCUCGAGGCCGGCUUCAAAGAGGAGGGGGGCAUUAUCGGGUUUGCCCCCCGUGCCCCGGACGCCGACGACACGGCCAAAGGUCUACUGGCAUUGGAUCUGCUGGGACGCCAUCUCUCGCCAGACCGCAUGAUCAAAGUUUUCGAAGGCCGCAACCAUUUCACCACAUUCGGCUCCGAACGCGACCCGAGCCUGACAUCCAACUGCCAUAUUCUGUUGGCUCUUUUGCAGCAGCCGGACGUUGCAAAAUAUUACCCGCAAAUCAUCAAAACGGCCAAUUUUGUAUGCGAAUAUUGGUGGUCGAGCGACCGCCGCAUAAGAGACAAAUGGCACCUGAGCCACAUGUACCCGACCAUGCUCAUGGCCGAGGCCUUCACAGAGCUCCUCCGGCACUUUGACAACGGGACGUACCCAAAGGCAGCCGACGGGCAGCUGAUCUGGCGCGUGUGCAUCUGCCUCUUCCAAGCAUGCCACCGUACGCUGCUGGAGCAAGGGGAGGACGGGUCUUGGGAGGGCAUGCCCGAGCAGACCUCGUACGCCAUUUUAGCGCUGGCCCAAGCACGCAAGCUGAGCCUUUUUGACGGCCUUGGCAAGCAGGUCCAGGCCGCCAUCGACCGUGGAGCGCACUAUUUGAAGACGCGCAAGGUCGGGCACCACGACGCCAGCUGGACCUCCAAGUCGGCCUACCGCGUCGCCAUCGUGGCCGAGGCCUACGAGCUCGCGGCGCUCAACGUGCAGAAGGCGACCCGCGACGGCGCCCCCGCCGUGGGCCGCAGCAUCGAGCUGCCCAUCUCCGGGCCGAGGCUCGAUGGCUACGUGGACCUCGUCGCAAAGACACCCCUGUUCUCGGACGUGCCCCAGUGGCAACUUCGGGCCUCGCUGGUCGAGGCCAGCCUGUUCGUACCGCUGCUGCGAGACCGGCGGCUGUCCGUCUUUUCCCGGGACGAGUUCGACGCUUCGGAAGACAAGUACCUGGAGAUGAUCCCCUUCACAUGGGUCAGCUGCAGCAACAGAGGCGGCUCCUUCAUGGCCACGUCGUGGCUGUACGACAUGAUGCUGGUGUCCAUGCUCAGCUACCAAGCCGACGAGUUCAUCCACAAGUCAGCCGCACCUGCGCUGCGGGGCAUUUCGGCGCUGAGUCGGCUUAUCGACGGCGUAUUUGACGAGCUCGCCUCGGAGAGCAAGCACGUCAACGGCAAAAGCAGCAGCAGCAGCAGCAGCAGCAGCAGCAGCACCACCACCACCACCACCACCACCUCAGAGGUCGAAAAAAAGGUGCGCGCUGAAUUGCUGCGCUUCGUGGGGCACCUCCUGGGCCACCCCUCGCUCGCCCGGAGCAGCCACUGGGACCUCGAAGCAUUGCGCCGGGAGCUCCGGGCCUGCCUGCAAGCAAACGUCGCUCAGAUCGAGGAGAACUCACGGCUUGCCAAGCACCCCUCGUCGCCCGUCCUUCACACACGCGCCCGGCGGACCUUCUUCGACUGGGUGCGCACCACAGCGUCGGACCGCACCGCCAUCGCAUUCCCCUUUUACUUUGCCUGCUGCCACUUCUCCUCGUCCCAGACGCCCGGGGAGGAUGUGUUCGCCACGGCCGCCGAAAAGUACCUCGUGGACGCCGCCAUCCGCCACCUCGCCACCAAGGGCCGCCUGAUGAACGACUUUGGGUCCACCGGUCGUGACAGCGCCGAGGGCAACGUCAACUCGGUGCACUUCCCGGAGCUGCAGCGCUGCUCUGCGGCGGCGGCCUCAUCGACUCCCGCGGCGAAGAAGGACGUCCUCAAGCGGCUCAUCGAGUUUGAGGAGCACUGCUGCUCCCGGGCGCUGGAGCUGCUAUCCCAGGCCUGCCUCGACGGGCAUCAGCGGAGGGAGAGCCUGCACCUGCAAAAGAGGAAGGUGGUCAUGGCCACAGUCUACCGUGAUGUUUCCGAGCUGUACGGCCAGCUAUACAUGCUCAAGGGAGCCGCCGAGCUGGAUUAG